GUUAGUAUGGAUUUACAAGACCAGAUUGGUGAUUGUGUUUGUCUGCAGAUCAAUGAUUACUGGUUCAUCUCUUCCUCACAGUGUCUCUGUGCUCCUGGAUGGAUAGGGGAGUUCUGUCAGUAUGGAGGGAACGCCUGCCUGAUCUACCCAGACAGCUGUAUGAAUGGGGCCACCUGCAUCACCACAAGUCAACCUACGGCUCCCCCACAGUACAGAUGUAUCUGCAGCCCUGGUUACACAGGACCCCACUGUGAGACAGAAAUUAACCAGUGUUUCUCCAACCCCUGUCUGCACAAUGGGACAUGCUUGGACUCUGUUGGCUUCUACAAAUGCAGGUGUCCACCAGGAUUUCUGGGCCAGAAGUGUGAGGUGGAUGUAGAUGCCUGUACCCUACCCAACACCACAUGCCCUAGAAACACACAUUGUCUGGAUCUGCCUGAUGGACUGAAGUACACAUGUCGCCUGCUGUGCCCACCGAACAUACAACCAUGUGCCAACGGAGGACGUUGUGUCUUGAACAACGGCAGCAGUUACACCUGUGUCUGUGCACCUGGAUGGGCAGGACGUAACUGCCGUUUAAACAUCAACAAUUGUGUUCAGCACUGGUGCCAAAACGGGGCCACUUGUGUAGAUCAGAUUGAUGGCUACAGGUGAGGGCCUAAGGCACGGUCUCAAAUACACUAUUCAGUGUUUCCCCUAUAUUCAUUUAGCGUCACUCCAAAUAAUAUUAUAUAAAAACAAUUGUGAAAUGGGUUGGUGAAUCAUUUUCAGUGUAAACUUUAAAGACUCAAACCAGGUAUAAAGUAUGUAGAAAAGAAAAUGGAGCAAUAUCUAUUUUUUAAACAAGAUCAUCUUUGACAACUCACAGAAAUAAAAACUAGACAGGGAGAAUCUGAAAUUCCAAAAAGUCAUGGCCCAUGAUUUUGUUAUAAUGUUCAGAUGGCAUACGAACACGGCAUUAACCGUGGUGAAAUGUGUAGAAUUGCAGGAAACUAAGUUAAAAACUGUAACCCCCCCCCCUCGCCCCCUUAACAUUAGUAAAACGUUAAGCCUUCUAUGGCUAAGUGUUUGCUGUUGUAUGUGUUUAUUAGUAAAACGUUAAGCCUUCUAAGUGUUUGCUGUUGUAUGUGUUUAUUAGUAAAACGUCAAGCCUUCUAAGGCUAAGUGUUUGCUGUUGUAUGUGUUUAUUAGUAAAAUGUUAAGCCUUCUAAGUGUUUGCUGUUGUAUGUGUUUAUUAGUAAAACGUUAAGCCUUCUAAGGCUAAGUGUUUGCUGUUGUAUGUGUUUAUUAGUAAAACGUUAAGCCUUCUAAGGCUAAGUGUUUGCUGUUGUAUGUGUUUAUUAGUAAAACAUUAAGCCUUCUAAGGCUAAGUGUUUGCUGUUGUAUGUGUUUAUUAGUAAAACGUUAAGCCUUCUAAGGCUAAGUGUUUGCUGUUGUAUGUGUUUAUUAGU